UUCAUGCGCACAUAAUUAUUGCCUCCCAGUUUUCCCCUUUCCAUCAGUGCCUGUACUUGCAUACUUGUCAAAAAGUCAACCUUGGCUUAACCAAUCAUCUUGCAGGUUGUUUGGAUCACAUUGUUCUGGGAAAUCAGUGUGCAUGGUCUGAAUGGGGCUCUGAUGCUUAAGCUGUUUGUAGCAAAAUUCCAUUGUUCUUGAAGUGGUGCGAUGGUCAUCAGCCAGCAAGUUUAGAGAUGAUGACUACAUAAGAGGGAUGCUGACGGGGUGGGAAGGAACUAGGGAGAAGAAUGGAGAUCUAUGAUGCAUUAGGUGUAAAGAUAGCUGCUCUGGCGUAUUAACCUUGGUACAUUUCAAACUAGUCCUUUUGGAUCCUGAUGGAGUGCAAUAAAGAAGAAGCCAUCAGGGCCAUGGAGGUAGCAGAGAAGAAGAUGCAGAAGAAGGAUUUUGUGAGUGCACGGAAGAUGGCUGGCAGGGCCCAGCAUCUCUAUCCUGAUCUCGUGAAUAUUUCUCAGAUGAUCCUGGUUUGUGAUGUGCAUUGUGCUGCUGAGAACAAGGUUAACAGAGGUGAGAGUGAUUGGUAUGGUAUCCUCCAAAUUGAGCCAGCAGCUGAUGAGGUCGCAAUCAAGAAACAAUAUCGCAAGUUUGCUCUUUCACUUCAUCCUGACAAAAACAAGUUCGCAGGUGCAUCAGACGCUUUUAAACUGGUUGGUGAAGCUCAAAAGGUGCUUUUGGAUCCUGAAAAGCGGUGUUUGUACGACAAUAAAUGUAAAGCUCUGGGAAAAUAUCAAGCAUCAAAGUUGGCUACACAUCAAGGAACUAGGCAGACAAAUGUCAGAGGACAUCCUUGGUUUCAAAACAAAUUUAUGAACAGUUCUACUUCUCAGUUUGUGAACCAGCAGCACCGGCAACAACAGCAACAGCAGACUCAAUUGGAUACUUUCUGGACCAUCUGUCCUUUUUGUUCUGUUAAAUACCAAUACUAUAAGGAGGUACUCAAUAAAACUUUAAGCUGUCAAAACUGUAAGAAGGCCUUCACUGGUUAUGAGAUGAACCCUCCUAGUGGGAUUCCUGGAGGUAAUUCAAGUCAGCCUACAUUUCCUCAACAGUCAGGUGCUUUUAGCAAGGGGAACUCUACUACUGUCCCACAAAGAACAAAAAAUUCGUCUCCUAAAAAGGCAAUGCAGGGAAGUGUCAACAUUAAAAACGUAAAUAGGGAUUCAUUCGCAGAGAAAAGAUUCACUGCUACCGUUGGUGAAGAGUCUAAACUGAACAAAAACCACACGAAGAUUGACAAUAUGAAGGGCUCAAAAGUGACUAUGAAGAAAAGGAACAAAUCAGCAGAAUCUACUGAAAGUUGCAGCUCUGAGAGUAGCAUGGAAUCUGGAGCGGAUGUGAAUAUCGAAGAAGACGGUGGUUGUCUGCCUGGUCAAAAUUCUGGAUAUCAUGGUGAUCAGAACCCCCGGAGAUCUACUCGUAGUAAGCAACGAGUCUCUUAUGAUGAAAAUUUGAGUGGGGAUGAUGAGGCAAACCCGUCUAAAAAGUCCAAAUGCAGUGGAUCUUUCAAUGUUGGUCGCAAAGAGGUUGAAGAUAAUAGUAUUACCGAAGAAGCUGCCUUUUCUGCUGACAUUGUAGAGGACAAAAAGGAGGUGAAAGAUAAGGAAGUUUCUCCUUCUGAUGAGGUUCUACAAAAUGGAGAAAAUGACAUGGAGAAUAGUUCUGAUCCACAGUUGUAUGAAAUUCCUGAUCCAGAAUUUUAUGAUUUUGACAAAGAUAGAAAAAAAGAAUGUUUUGCUGUUGGACAGAUGUGGGCUGUUUAUGACACUCUGGAUGCCAUGCCUAGAUUCUAUGCUCUGGUCCAAAAUGUCCAAUCUCCCGGGUUUAAGCUGCAAAUAACAUGGCUAGAGCCAGUCCCUGACAGUGAGGAUAAAAUCAAGUGGGUUAAUGAAGGCUUGCCAGUUUCUUGUGGUAAGUUCAAUUAUGGAAACCGUGAAAAUAGUGCAGAUGAUUCAAUGUUCUCACAUCGUGUCGAGUGGAAAAAGGGCAGCCAAAUGGACACUUUUGAGAUAUAUCCCAGAAGAGGUGAAACAUGGGCCUUGUUUAAGAACUGGGAUGUAAACUGGCAUAGUGAUCCACAUGGGAAGAAAGGAUUUGAGUAUGAGUUUGUUGAAGUUUUGUCUGAUUAUGCAGACAAUAGUGGGGUACGUGUAGCGUAUUUGGGUAAGUUGAAAGGGUUUGCAUUUCUUUUUUGUCGUAUAUCAAGGAAUGGAAUCAGCUCAUUCCUAAUUCCACCAAAGGAUAUUUUCAGAUUUUCCCAUAAGAUUCCUUCUUUCCAGAUGUCCGGGAAGAAAGGAAAAUGUGUUCCCCAAGGAUCUUUUGAACUUGACCCUGCUUCUUUGCCUGCUACCCUUGACGGAAUUGAUGUUUCUCAAUAUUUUGAUACAGAUGGGAGACACAUGCAUCCUAACGGUUCUUGUUCUGGAUCUCAGGAAGAUAUUCUGGAGCCAAAGGAGAAAUCCAGUGAACAUGUUUCUCCCUCACAAUUCGUUGGAUUGAAGGUGGAGCCCAAAGGAAAUGCUGCUUGGGCAGGUGUGGUGGAUCUUAUAGAAGAGUCUGAGGAAAAUGAAGCUUCAGCAGAUAAAGUAGAACUGAAGGCAAAGGGUGUUGGGAAUUCAGUUUUAGGGCAAGCAGAAAAAGAGGAUUUUCAGAACUAUUCCAAUGGCUUUGACAGUAGUGCAAAGGAAAUUGAAGAAGACUCACCUACUUCAGCAUCAGAAGCUUAUGAAAUUCCUGAACCAGAAUUUUACAAUUUUGAUGCUGAAAAGGCUGAGGAAAAGUUCCAAGUUGGUCAGAUAUGGGCCUUGUAUGGUGAUGAAGACGCCUUACCCAAGUACUAUGGUAGGAUUAAGAAGAUAGAUUUGCCUCCCAGGUUUGCAUUGCACUUGACAUGGCUUGUUCCCUGUUCUCUAUCAAAAGAUGUAAUUCAGUGGACCGAUAAAAAGAUGCCGAUUUGUUGUGGGAACUUCAAGCUUGGAAAGGGAAAACCACAAAUGUUCACAAGCACUGGACCCUUCUCUCAUCAGUUCAGAGUGCUAUCUAAGGUUGAGAAGAAUGUCUAUGCCGUAUACCCAGAAAAAGGUGAUAUUUGGGCCUUAUAUAAACAUUGGAGAUCUGAAAUGACUUGUUCAGACUUGGAGAAUUGUGAAUAUGAUGUUGUGGAAGUCGUGGAACGAAACGAGGAAGUGAUAACCGUGUUGGCUCUAGAGUUGGUCACUGGUUUUAAGUCCGUCUUCAAGCCUCAAAUAGCAGGACAAUCAACAGUGACUAGGCAGAUACCUUGGGCGGAGCUGCUCAGAUUCUCCCACCAAAUUCCUUCUGUCCGCCUGACAGAAGAGAGAGAUGGCAGCCUGAGAGGUUUCUGGGAGCUUGAUCCUGCUGCACUUCCAAUAUACUUUUUUUGCCCAAGCUGAUGGUCGUCUCUCUCUCUUCCUUCAGAUUUUUGUCAUGUACUUAAGUAGUGCCUCCCAGACCAAGGACUUUCUUGUACGGAAGCCCUGGUUGUAACUGUAACUUGGCCAAAAAAAAAAAAAAAAAUUUAACAGUGGGGUAUUUCAGCAUGCUAUCGGAAUUUAGGCUUAAAAAUUUUUGGAAUUGGCCGAUCUUUUGGGUUUAAUCCUCGGAACUGUCUUAAAACUAGUUUUAUCGGAAUCACAAUGCAUGUAUGGUCUUUUAUCUC